GAUUCCGUGACACUGUCAAUUCACUCUUCGGAUUCCGCUUUCAAGUUCACCAUCGGAACCGUUCUUCUAUCAACCUCAAUAUUUCACUUGAAUAUGUCCAGAAAAGCAGUCCUGGUCGAAGAUGAAUUCGACGACGACACAGACCUUCCUUUACCUGCCCGUCCAUUGCCCCAUACCGGCGCAAAAGGUCCUGUGUUACAAGAAAUCGCCUCGGAUAUCGAUUCGGAGGAUGAUUUCGACUUGGAUACUUCUCAACUUGCAGGUCCAGCGUCUCCACCCUCAUCCCAACCUAAACUUCGACCGGAAGGCGCUAGCCAGCUGCCAAAGAACACUAUCACAGAUAUCACGCCCUACAAGUCAUGGACGUGUAUAUAUCCCAUCUACAUCGAUGCAAAGCGUCCGUAUGGGACAGGCCAGCGACGAGUCGAGAGGGCGAAGAGCAUCUGGUGGCCGUUGAGCAAGGACAUUGCUGAAGCAACGAACCGAUUAGGUCUCGGUACACUGCAUGAAGUGAACAAGGCUCAUCCCCGAGACUGGGAAAAUCCCGGUCGUGUGAGAGUGCAGUGGAAGAAGGAAGGCAGGUUGAUGAAUUCCGCAAUAAAAACAAAAAAACAACUUCUGGAAAUGAUCAGCUUGCAAAUUCAGCAUAUAAAGCCAGAAAAUAUCCCCCGUCCUCCGUAUUCCACCUCUCCUGCUACCGGAAAUGCCUCUUCUGCUCCUCCUACGAACACUGCGUCCACCUCUAACAAGGGCAAAGCACCUGCUACGACCAAAUCCAAAUCCCCGAUAGCACCUCAGCCUAAACAGAACGGCAAGCAGAUGGGUGGUAGGCGAUUACCUGUCUCUCCGGAGCCUCUUCCGCCUUUGGCUUCGCGAGUAUCACCGUAUUCCCCUGCCUUGCCGACCGGAGUGCUUAUUGAUACUGUAAAGGCAGGGAUGAAUGCCACAGAGAACAACACUGGUACUUCAGGUACUCUUGGUGCUCCUAGUCCAUUUGGUGCUUCCGGGGGUCCUCAGAAAGGUAAACGAAAGGUUGUAAGAGUCAGGGGAUAGGGCGGGGAUGUGGUAUGUAAAUACGAACCUGUUGUAUGUCUACUCGUAACUGGAAAAUUUCUGUUCAAUU